AUGACGGACAUAGUUAAGUGUAACGUUUGUAAUAUAGUGAUUGACGAAAUGUUAUCGUAUAUUCAAAAUAAAAUAUCGGUAAUAGAUGAGGAGUCUCUAGUGAGAAUUUGUGUGUCGGCUUUUACGGGAGAAGAAAUAAAAAACUCAAAGUCGUUGCUAUUUAGUGCAAUACCUACGGAGCGACGCAAAAUACAGCGAAAAAGAAAAGGAAAAGAAUCCCGUGAUAUGGAUGACAUAAUUAUGCUGUUCAAGUCAACAGAUCCUGAAAAUCUGCCGGUGUUUGUUGCGAGACAACUGGAAAAACUCCCGCCGGUCACAUUUGAUCAUCUGGACUGCACUAAACUGUUGAAAGAUCUUACACGAAUGUCAGCGGAGAUUGAAAACAUUAAAAGUAGAUAUGCAACGUUAAGCCAGUUAGAGGAAAUGAAGCUAGAUGUCAAUCGUUUUAAGUCGAUGUCUAUACCCGCCACUCCGUGUUUCAAUGUAAAUAUGAAACGCGGUGCUUGGGGAAGAAAUAGUGGUCCUAUGGGUUUAUCGCAAUUUCAGAACUCAACAUUGAAUGAAUCUCAUAGCUUAAAUACAUCUAGAUGUGAUGCUAAUAAUGAUAUUCGGCAAUAUCGAAGUAUUAAUGAGGGUAGCACGGAUCACUUAAAUAAAAAAUUGUCUGCAAAGUGCAACAAGCGCUGUGACGAGUGCCGAUUCAAAACGAGGAGACCGAUAUGA